AUGGCUGCAAACGAAGGCACAAAUGGGCACACGGAAGUUCCUUCCGACCUUGAAAGGAAAAUUAUCAAACAAAUCGAGGUAAGCUGAAGGUUAUUUUUGUUGUUAUUAAUUUGUUUUUCUGCCAAGAAUCCCAGCGAAUGGUUACUCACCUGAGAAGCAUUUUAAGGCUAAAAGGAAUUCUACCAUAAGUGAAAAGGACGCUAUUUUUGUACUCGUAAGCACAACUACCCAAUCCUUGCCAAGAGCCUUAGUUUCAGCUUUGAAUGUCAGCAUUUUGCCUUUAUGUGUUAACCGCUUAUGCAGAAAAUAGAAUAAGAAUUAGAAUAACUCUGUAGAGUUGCUACGUUUUGACUAUUUGUGGGGCCUAUUGUACAUGUACAUGUAUCGCAUAUAAAUUUUAAGAACUUUGUUAAAAUCAAGGACUUACAGUCACCCAUGGUCAAACUGACUCACGACCGAAUAGGACACUUGUGCAAGUCUGCCUUACAUCCAUCUUAAAUUAUAACAAUGAGUGCAGUGUAGCCAGUUUAAGGCUGCAUUCAUUAAGCGAGUUAGCUCAUGAUUCUCGGUUAGAACCACAGUAGAACUCUUCAGUCACCCUAGCUAGUAAAUCAAUAAAGAGGUUGUUUUCUUUGAACAUUCUGCCAUGUUGUUCGCCGCUGUCUGGUCAUGGGUUGGGAGGUUCCAUUUUUUAUCUGCACCCCCCUAAAGAUGACGGGAAUCUGAACCCGGGUUCUUUUUUUGUCAGCACCUUUGAAAAAUUUGUCUAAAGGGUUGAAAUUUUGUGGGCUUCUUUGAAGGAAAAAUCCGAACCCCCCUGUUCAAAAAAACCAUCAUCCUUAGGGGGAGGCAGAUAAAAAAUGGAAUGUCCCAUUGACCUGGUGAUUUAACACUGUGCCAUUAUUAAUAGUCUAAAAAUACCUACCUGUCUUUAAAGGGACUGUGUCACGGCAGUCCAGUUCAUUUUGUUUAAUUUUGCCAAUUGCUCGCCUGCACAUGGAAUCGCUAUGGAACUUAAUGUAAGAAAAGAAAUUGCAUGUAAAUGACAAAAUCAGAGAUUCGAGACAAACAGAUAUGUCUCAUUAUAUUUGAAGUUGCAAAAAGCAGAGAUCAACUUUGAAAAACUGUUAGGCUGAACAGUUUUCAAAAACCCUAAUUUCGGUCCAUUUCAAUCUUCUUCAGUUUUGCCCAUCCGUGGCAUCUGUUAUGUUAUUUAACCUUCCUUUAAUGUUUGAAGCGGUUAUUUUUAUGUUUCUCUUAAUCUAACGGGCAUUUUGUAAUUACCUAAUUUGUUUGAAUUUGGUGACACAGCUCCUUUAACAAAUCUGAAGAUACUUGAAUAAACUUGAAUCUUCAGCCCAGUGUAGAGCUAAGCCAAAGCUUCCUGCCACUGCUAGAACCCUGCAUGAUCACUGUGUAACGUUGACAACUGUUUGAAAGUAAUACCAAACUAUAGCUUUGGUUUGGAGUGUUGGACCCCAGCCUAACAUGUUAUCAGAUGCUUAAAUUUCCUCAAAUAAGUGAUAACUGGAAACCACCACCAUCCCUGUUCAGGGUAGGGCUGUACCUGAAAUCUUCAUCUUUGCUCUAUAUUGGUGUAGAGACUCGAGCUUAAUUUGUUCAAAUUUAUCACAUCCUUGAUAGAUGAGUUUUAUAUGUAAUCUUGUGUUAUCAUGCAUGUGAAAUUAUUGUUGCAGUUUUAUUUUGGUGAUAAGAAUCUACCCAGGGACAAAUUUCUCCGACAGAAGGUUGAUGAAGAUGAAGGAUGUAUCCUUUCAUGUACCCAUGUCCUUAAAAUCACUUUUCAACUAACAAGAGAAUAUACAGGUUUUAAGCUCUGCAGCACAACACUCACUCAACUGAUAGACUUAAUUAACAUUCUACUUUCAUUUUUCUCAUGAUUGCUUAUGACACAAGGAGAAUUUAUCACUCAAUGAACUGUCAGUUUUUCCAUAUGUCCUUUUUUAUAUCCCAUCUCCUUUCACGCCGUUUUGCUUGUACAGACAGUGUUCUCUUUAUCAGGUGGUAACUGGUAAAAUUUACCCCCUAAAGCAACACUUCUUACCGCCUGCAACUGCUUGAAGGUUUACUAAAAUUAAAUUGUGAUCUGAUCCUAUUUUCACAAGGAAAUGAAAGAAUAUAUGGAAAAGUACCGAAGUAUACACGGCUUUUGUUUUUAUGGGCCACACAUUUUGGAAAGAGAACAUUGAAGACAGAGUAAAAUUAUUGGAAUCAAAGGUUUUUAAUUGUUGUCUAAAGAUAACAAUGGCCGAUUUGCGUAAAGUAGGUGUUAAAAUGAGGGAAUGACAUUUCAGAGAACUUAGCUCCUGAAUUUCCAAGCGAGGGCGGGCCAUGUCCCGCCUCCCCCCCAACCAGGAAAGUGCACCUUUGGUGUAUAUUUUUGCCUUACCGGCCAUGAAUGGUCCCUUUCCUGCUGAUCUAAACUUUAGGGAGAACACAGUCUAUGCAGGUAUCUUAGUGAGCUAGCAAAAUAAAAAAGGACAUAAAAUGUACUCACUCUCUCUCAAAUAUCUCAAGAAGAAUAGUAUACAAAAUACAAUUACAGUAUUAUUUAUUCUCACUGUAAUCUUUAGUUUUCUUGACAAGACUUGCUAUAAAUCACAGGGGUAACACUGGAGUGCCUAACAACUUUCAACAGACUUAAGGUAACAGGCUCAUAUUUGCUUUAUCUUGCCCCAUUCUUUCUGUAACAAGAAGAUACCAGAAGGCAUUUACAGUGUAUGCGGGAAAUGUUGGUGUAUGUAAGGGGUAUUUUGACUGGAGUUGGACAUUUAAGUACAUGGGUUGGUACUGACAAUGGUGAUAGGAGAGGAGUUCUUCAGAGUGAAAGCAGAUAUAAACAACUAGCUAGCCCACUUGUUAAAAAGGUGGAUAAAUCUCUUUAGUAUAUACUAAAACAGUGGAAAGUAUUUUUUGGGCACUCUGAUUGGCUACUCAAUCAGUGAAUAUCCUGCACUAUUCACUGAUUCACCUCCAGUUCCUCCAAGGGAGCGACGCCAAACUCGCGUAGGUUGUGAGCAAAAUGCUUUCCCAGUUUGCUGCCGUAACAAACUAAGAAAUUUCACAACUAAUCAAGCAAGCUAUUUCCGAAAUACAUGAAGAAGGUGUCGAAGUUCGGUUUGGACGUUUUAGCAGGUAAAGCUUUGUCUUUUUGACUCAAAUAGUUAUCGAUAAAACCGGUGAAAAAGUUUUUUGUUUACAAAUGCAAAUUAAGCUUAAGUCUUGCGUUUCUUUAUUUAGUUGACUUGUUCAUAAAUAAGCUUAAAACUAAAGUUAAUAAUCUUUUUUACAGAAUUAUUUUAAAUACAAACAGAAUUCAGAACUCCUUUUGAAGAAACUUCCCCGCAAGAGCUAAACAAACGCCUUUAAAAGUUUUAUUUGUCACCAAGAAAAAGCAACGACCACUGCCGUUCGGUCAUUGCGUGCCAAAAUUGUAAUCGUUUGCAAUAGUAAAUGAGUUAAAAAUCAUCAUUUUGUGCUCAAUUAUCUCACUGUUUUAGUAUAUACUAAAACAAUUAUUCACCUCAGUGUCAGUGGCUAGUAGUGGUUAUUUACCUCGCUGCUUCUCCGCCUCGGUAAGUAUCCAAUACUAGCCACCUCCACUUCGGUGAAUAAUUGUUAUUUAUUAUAUAAACACCAAUGAAAUACCAAGUGAGCUUUUGCACGAAAACUUGAUAUCUUCACAUGUGAAAAUAACAUGUUAUCUUCACACAUGAAAAUAUCACUGUUGCUAUGGCUACAUAAUAAAUAGCACCUUUCACACCAAAAAACUAUUUAAGUAAAAUGGUUUGGUAUUUCAUUGGUGUUUAUAUAAUAAAUAGAAUAUUACAUGGUCGCUUGGAGAUACGAAAUUUCUCUUCCCGUGUUGAAAGAAAUAUUUCACUCGUUCGCUGCCCUCACUCGAGAAAUAUUUUUCAACACUCGAAGAGAAAUUUCGUAUCUUCGCACGGCCAUGUAAUAUCCUCUAUAUCUAGUGGAUGGGGCAAUGGUUUUUCACUAUCCAGCUUUUAUGCUGGAUAGUGAUCAAACCAGUGGAUGGUGCUUGCCCACGUUUGGUCUAGAGACUGACAGAACUGUUAUUGUUAGGCUCUAUCAACAGAUACAGAUGCUAUAGCCAAAGCUCUCAGAAAAUCAGAAGCUGGCCUGCUUGAGGUACGUUACAAAUGUAUGUUUAAAUACCGGUACAUUGUUGCUCUUGAAUUUAGUUUCAGUAAGAUGUACCUGUAUCAGUGUUAUUUGUACAUGUGAAUUAAGACUUGUUGUAUAUUUAUAAAGGCUGUGUUUGCUUCCAGAAAUAUUAAAUUGUAAGAAGCAAAAAAUCUUUGAACCUAGAACACUUAGUACAUAGUAAUAAUGUUAAUCUCUGGCCACCCCUGGUGUAUGACAAAGUGGUUGCUUAUGGGAGGUGGUUGUCGAAAGGAAAAAUCAACAAAAUGUACAGUUGUUUUUUAAGCUCAAACUAAAAUGAUAUAAGAGAGAGUUUUUGAGUGACAGUAUUUAACUGAGAAAAAAAGCAGUUAUUUACAACAUGGUUGCUUAUUGGAGUUGGUCACUUAUGAGAAGUGGUUGCUGUGAGAGAGUUGAGGUUGCAGAAGUAGUUUUUUUCAAAAAGUAAGGUUUAGCAAAAGUAUUAGUUGCGUAGAAAUAAACUGACCAGGUACUGCUAGACCUCAAUUCUGUCAAUUUAUUAACAGUACAGAAAGUAGCAGCACUGUAAAAUGUUAUUUUUAUUUUUUUAGGUCAGUGAAGAUAAUAAGAAAGUAAGAAGAGUUACAGCAAAACCUCUUCCCGAGGAAACUGCAGAAGCAAGACAUGAUGCCAAAACCAAAACAGUUUACUGUGUAAGUUGUGUAAAGCAUGCUGUUCAAUUAUACAGUGUAAUUGGGGUAACAUUAAAACCAUAUAACAGCAAAAUUGUUUCUCAGUUUCAAAACGCUAGCCAAAUAUGCCAAGGGGGGGUGUUUUAUCUUUUAUUAGAAGAUCAUCUAUGCACCCCUUCAUAUACUUCUAUACAGCGGGCUGCACUGCUUCCUACUUUUAUAUACAAUGCAACACUAAAAUUAAUGUUGUCCCAAUGAUGGCUCUUGAACUGCAUAUAUAUUACACGUAUCAAAGAGUAGGGGUAAUUUUCCCAAUCCCUUCAUUUUGGCAUCUAGAGAGGGUUGUCUAAAUUUUAAAUGCUGUACAAACUAUCAUCAGUGCAUAGUUUACACAACAUGUACAUGUAACCUUCACUUAGCAGGAUUUAAAGUAGUUAAUGAAUAGCCAUUUGAUUCUUUUUUAAUCUUUAUUGUUAGUUUGGUGUAAUUUCCUUGCAGAAAGGUUUCCCUGCAGAAACAACUAUUGAUCAACUGGAAGAAUUCUUUUCAGAUAAAGGAAAGGUAAAGUACAACCCCCCCAUGUUUUAUUCUUAAAUAAGGGUUGAUUUCAAGUGUCGCAUUACAUUCGGAAAUAAAAUAGAGGCAAUAUAUAAAAGGUCACUUGUAAGCGUAACAGUUGAAACUCGCUCAACUUCUCUUUUAAGGUCAGCACUUUUUAUCUUGCCUCUAUUUUAUUAACGUGAUUAAAAUUUACAUGCGAUAACUUGCAAAGCCAAAAACACGCCAGUGGAAAUCAACCUUUAGCCUGACUUGUCCUCCGUCAGUUUAGUCCUAGCGUCAAUUUUGGUACAUGAAAUUGUACAUUGUUGUCAGUAUGCUUAUAACCAGCCAGUGGAUCCUGUGUUGAAGCCCGUUAAACACUACUUUUUGCCAUGAUUUACCUGUGUUUCUUUUUUUUUAACUGUUCAAAGGCCGUGCUGAUCAAAAUGAGGCCAUUUAUUUAAAGGAUCUGCGUUUGUUGAAUUCUCCACUGUCGAUGAGGCAAAGGCAUUUGUGGCAACAGAAGCACUUAAAUACAAUGAACAGGAGCUCAUUAAAAUGAUGAAGUAAGUAUUCUUCAUUAAUAAAGAAGAGUUGUCCCUAAAAUGGCUUCUCUCGUGACAGUAAACUGUAUGUUUGUGUAAAGUUUCAGUCGUUGGCAGAUACUAUUGAUUGGGGGAGUAGGGUGUUUGAGGGGCUGGGAUACCCCUAUGCUACUAAUACAUGUAAAUCCAUCACACUGGAGUAUUAACUGAAGUACACUUUACUUGACUUUGAAACUGACAAGAAAAAAUAUUGCCUGAGAGUUGCAUUCAGUUUUCACCUUGCAGCUUAGUAACAAAACUUGCGAUGAUUCCUCAUUACCUUUAACCUGUAAACAAGCUCGCUAAUUUUGGUGAGAGAAUGCACUUGCGUCUCCUUUCGCAUGUGGUUCUCGCAUGAAUUCUCACAACUCCCCCAAAUGGAGAGCUUGCUUGCAGGCUACAUUGGCUUUCAACUGCGGUUCUUGUUGAAACUGAUGGAACCUGGGGUUCAUUCAUUUUAUCACACAACAUAUAGAAAAGCUACAACUUUUUUGAGUGUUUAUCAUGAAAACAAGGGUCUGUAUAAAAAAAAUGCAUGUAAUGUUUGAAAACUUGUAUGACUUUUAACAGUGUGCACAAGUUAUCCCCCUAUGAUAAUAAUGUCAUUAACUGUCACAGUCUGUUAGUGGACAGGGGAUUCAAACCUCCUGCCUCUUGUAACCUGCAUUCCCUGCACCCAUCCUUUUUACUGGAUUCCUCCCUUGAGCUAUCUUUCGAUUGCAAAAUAUUAAGCAUUGUUGUGUAAUUUCCUUUAUUCAUUUCCUGCCCUCUUAUAACGCCCACUUCUCACUCUUUCCUCUCCCACCCAUCCCCUGUUAUCCGCAGCUCCUAUUCCCCUGUCUAACCCCACUGUUCAGUUACUAGUGAGUUUAACCAAGGACGUGUGUGAACAAUGCACAUCAACCGGAAGUGGACUUCUUGCAUUCUAAGGCAAUGAUGCGCUUGCCCAAAUUUUCGGGCAAAUUGUCUCUACAAGAGUAAAUACACUUAGCAAUACAAAUCUGGUAGUGUCAAGGGAUAUUAAAAGCGACAAGGGCUCACUUCUGGUUGAGGUGUAUGGUUUAAAAACGCUUUUGCCUCACCUUCCUACUGACAGAGCAAGGCCUUUGACAAUUCGUUUGCAUCGACCAAUUAUUUAAGUUAAGGUUUGAAAGUGAUUUCGAUUAUUGGUGAAUUUUAAAGGGAUUAAUAUUACCUUAUCAUAGGGCUGACUACUUUAAAAAGAAGGAGGAAGAAUUCAAAUUGAAAAAGGAGAAACAAGAGUAAGUCUUUUUUUAAAACAAAAAUAAAUUAUAUUAUUGCAUUUAUUAACUCAAAUACUCAAGUGAUCCAUAUUCAAACUACUUUAACGUAUAAAAAUAUCAGCCUGUGGUUCUUACUUUUGAAUGAAACAUCCCUACAAUUCUGGACAGAAGGUCAGAGUUCCAGUCAAGGAUUACAUUGUAUGUAUACGUUUUGAGCUAGCGAUUUCAUCACCAUCUCUAUUCCAUCCUUGACCUCGUUCGGUACAACUGAGAAUUUUUGGUAAGUCAGAUAAGCUAGCCUCCCCAAAGACCGAAACGAACCCCAAAGGACGGCGUCCUUUGGGGGGACUUUGACGUCUGCGGGGGGGCUACAGAUAAGCAUCUCUUGAUUCCUCAAUUUAUUGUGAUCCUUGCACUUUUACUACUGAGGGUGCCGUCGAUUGACAUUAUUCUGGAAAACGAAUACUUAAAAAAAAAAGAAAAGAAAAAAGUCUCUUCUAUGUGAUUUUAACGCGACAUGCUUCUUAAUAUUUUUAUUUCAAGUAGGUUUAUAGAUACUGCAGUGCAAUGAGUGCCAAAAAUUAAGUGAUUCCAAGAUUUUAUCCCAUUUAUUUUUAUACCGGAAUGCAGUCAAUCGAACGCGCCCUGAAAAGCUAAACCUGCAAAUUUGUUUUCAACAGAGCUUUUUUCGGAUCAAUAGCCGUAACUGCUCACCAUCUACAAUCCCGGUCAUGAUAUUUGAAACGCUUGCUGAUGUUUGGCCUCCUUCCCUUUCAAUGUUGAUUUUCAGGAGGUACAUUGGUAUGGACCUGAGUGGUUACCCAAGCGACAGCAGUGGCCACCAGACAUUGAGACGAAGACCACCCCAGAGAGCCAAGAAGAAGCAAAAGUUAUCCAGGAAGUCCUUGGAGUGGCCCAAGGUCAAACAGACAUGCUUGACACCUUGCCAGCCAAGUCUACCCUCUGGCGAACACUCAGGGUUUUCGCUUGGAAGGGACGGUUUAUACACAAUGCACGAAGUGCCAAGUCGGACAGAAACAAAGGCCUGCUUACCACAGAAGAAAUUAACAGGCAGAGACUCCUUUGGCUAAAUAAGGUCCAGGAAAACUUCAAGGGAGACGAACGGUUCGAAGAACAUCGGUUGCAGCUUAACCUUCAAGAAAACGAAAGUGGGUUGGAGUGUACAGGGAGGAUUCAAGGUGUGUACCCCAUUUACGUACCAGACUCGCACCAAUUUGCACUCAAGCUUGCUGAAGAAGAGCACAAAACCACAUUGCAUGGGGGAGUAGGCCUGACUAUGGCGAAGAUUCGUGAGCAGUAUUGGAUCCCAAGGCUGCGACGCCUUGCAAAAAAAGUGAUCAAGUCCUGCAACGGUCGUAAGCGGUUUCAUUUCACCGUAUUUACCAGUCCAGCACCUGGACAGCUUCCAAGGCACCGUACAGAAGGCCAAAACGCAUUCCAAGUGAUAGAAGUAGAUCAGUCGAGAAACAACUAGCGAUUGGUACGCUACCACGAGAGGUUGUCCCCAGCGAUCGGCCUUCGGGCCUCUUCUCUGGAACGUCUUUUAAAACGACCUACACCUCUCCACCGAUGAAAAUAGGUUAUUCGUGUACGCGGAUGACCACCAACUGUUUUCAGUGGCGAAAAACAUUUUAACUGAUGAAGGAAACAACAUCUCUGAGUGGUAUAAUAACAAUCUUUUACAAGGAAAUUUUUCUAAGUAUCAAGUGAUGCGUCUGGGGCCGAGGAAUUGGCACAAGGAUUUACACAUCGUGAUUAACGACACUGUAAUUAAUCAAAAACCAGAGAUAACGUUCUUAGGGGUUACCCUAGACGAUCAACUAUCAUUUUCGAGUCAUGUAAGCAAUGUUUGUAGAAAAGCCUCCUCUCAAACUGGCGUUCUUUUACGAUUACGUAGCCUCAUUCCUACAUCUGCUAAAUUGCAUAUCGUUAAAUUCGCUGUGUUACCCCAUCUUACGUACUGUCAGACUGUCUGGCAUUUUUGUCGUUCUUCUGAUGCCAGAAAACUAGAACUAAUUCAAGAACGAGCACUACGCGCUGUGUACUGUGACAACAAAUCGACGUACGAGGAACUCAUGCAUAGAGCGAAUGUACCAACACUUCAUACGCGGCGACUACAAGCCAUUGACUUAUUUGUCGUUACGAAUUCUCAGUAUCAUCUUCGAAAUCAUAAUUUUGUCAUUCCUAGAUUUCGGACUGUUGCUUAUGGUAAACACAGCCUGACCUACCUAGGCCCUGUCAUUUGGUCCAAACUCAGUAUAUCUAUUCGAUCGUCUGAAUCUUUGGACAUUUUGAAAAAGCGUAUUAAACUGGUUAAGCCUGCUUGACAACACUUGUAAAGACUGUUUUUUAUGUAACAACUAAUGACUGAUUUUACGUGUGGAUAUACAUUUCAUAUUUUGUUGAUUAUUAUAUUAUUUUUAUUGACAAUCAGAUAAGUAAUUGUAGUUAGGUGUCCCCAAUUAGUGUACUUUGUAUGCUAGCGACUUUGACACUAUAAUAAAGUUCUUACUUUACUUUGCUGGUCCCAUGAAGUAUCGUAAGAAGAAAGGACAAGAAGGAAUGGCGUACCUGGUGCUAUCCGCGUGCAGCCUGACGAGGG